AUUCCUGCACGCUGCCAUCACCGGCCGUGACCGGAAGGGGAGGAAUCAGGGCCUUUCCAGCACCUGCCGCGGCAACGACAUGCAGGCGGCCCUGGAAGUGACCGCGCGCUACUGCAGCAGGGAGCUGGAGCAGUAUGGCCAGUGCGUGGCUGCCAAGCCGCAGUCGUGGCAGCGGGACUGCUACCACCUGAAGAUGAGCAUCGCCCAGUGCACCUCUUCCCACCCUAUCAUUCGUCAGAUCCGUCAGGAAUGUGCCGAACCUUUUGAAGCCUUUGAGCUGUGUCUCCGACAGAAUGAAGCUGCCGUGGGCAACUGCUCCGAGCACGUUCGGCGAUUCCUGCAGUGUGCCGAACGGGUGCAGCCGCCGGCAGAGGUGGGCAGCAGGAACUCCGGGAGGGACAGGUCUGCGGUCCCGGCCCCUGCCACCAAGCCUUGAGAUACGUCUUGGGAGGGAAGGACAGAUAAGUGACCAGCGUCCUUUUCCUCCACAGCCAGACUCUCUCCAGGCGCAGUGAGCAUUUAUUUUUCUUGGGCCAUGGAAGCAUUGAGCAUAUGUGAACAUGGGAUUUUCUCUGGAGAGCCGUUGGAAGGGCCUUAGUCACUGAUGGCUGACCUGAAGGUGUUGAGCCCACACCUCACCAACCAAAUAAAGACACAUUAGUUAAGAGCCCUAGGUUCAAAAGCUUCUCCUCUACCUUGGCCUGAGGGUAGUGAACUUCUCUGCUCUAGGGUAAAGGCAUAAGAAAGGACAAACAGGUCUUGUUUUUUAAUUUAUAAAUGUUUUCUUUGGAAAGUCUAAAUGGAAAGAUUCCUCAACAUGAAGAGAGUUAUUGGACCUAGGAACAACCUGGGCCAGAGGGCACUCAGAUCAAGAGCAUAAGAGUGUCAGGGUCACUUCUGAUUCACCACCUCAUGUUCCUAAAGUUGGAAACUGAACAGGAUCGGGAAUAUCUUUACGCUCUUCCUCUCCUGUUCCCUCCCCCUCAGAGCAUAUAGUAGGGUGAGGUAAAAUGGGGAAAGUAAAGCAAAGUUCAGAGGUACAACAGUACAACACAGAAAUUGGAUUUGGAGUUAGAGCAACGGUGUUCAUUCCCUCCUCUGCUACUUACUACUGUAUCAGGGACAAAGUGAGAAUUUCUAAAACUUUGGUAAUUACAUUUCAUACUAAAGGACUCAGUAUGAGAUUUAGAGUACUAUUUUAUUGGGGGUCAGUAUCUAAAUUAAAAUACAUGCUAGAAUGAAGACAUAGAAGUAGAUCUGGAAGAAAACUCAAAGGCCAGUUAGUCUAACUCAUUUACAGACUGAAGCUAGGGGAGAUUAAUCAGUUUCACAGAAUUUGAGUUGGAUCUUUGCUGUUAUAUAGUCUACUAACCCAUAUUCUAGAUAAUCAGCGCUUUCUCAUACCCAGCAAAUGGUCAUACUGCUACUGCUUGAAGAUCUACCAGGAGAAACCCACCUUCUCUCCGAGCAGCCCAUUUUACCUUUCAGUGCCUCUAAUUGUUAGGCAAAGGUCACACAAAUAAUGUUAAGUGGCAGAGCCCAGAUAUGCAUGUGAAUGCAGUGUUUGAGAAUUUCAGUCUUUUCAUUUCACCACACCAUACCACAAUCAAAGCCAUUCUUUUAGUUCCCCCAGACUCCACAUUGGUCAUUCCUAUCACUUCAACAAAUAGCUUUAUUCACUCCACUCUGCCAUAGGACCUGUCUUUUGCCCCACUUUCCCUUUCCUGCUUAAAUCUAACAUUUUCCCUGCUUCAGAAAGUUCUCCUAAGCUAAACUCAUCCAAUUCUGCUUAAUGUCAUUUGUCCCUUUUCCCUGCUUAUGAACAGUUGUCCUUAUUUCCCUGUCUUCAGGCUCAGUCAUAAGAGAGUGCUGAGGUGAGUCAUUAUCAUUUCUAUAGGUGAAGAGUGACAAGUUACAUGGAGACUGGUACUAGAAUUGUCCUAAAAUUUUAACAUUUUUAUUCACACUCUGAAAAAGAGUAUACACAAAGAAAUUUCCUAGUAGGCAUAUGGCACUUGGAUCAUCUUCCCACUAAGGAUCUCAAAGAAUUGGCUCUUUGGAGAUGGUGCUGGUUUUGGAUGGUUUUCCUUAGGACAACAAACGUAGGAUCACUGAAAGGAGUCAGAGGCAGCAUGAUAUAGAAGAGAAAUAGGCUAGGACAUAAGAGACCUGACUUCUAGCCCCAACUCUUAUAUUAACUUGCUGUGUAAUCUUGGACGAGUCAGUUAAAUUCUCUGAGAAACGAUUCCAGGGUCCCUUCUGGCUGUAAUAGUAUAAUAGGGAUUUUUGUGACUGUUAUUAAUCCAAGUUAAUUACAUUACUACCCCCACCCCUAGCUUGUUGAUGUCAGAAUAUGGGUUUUGAGGGUCUUAAGACAAAUGUGGUCUUAGCAAAGAGAUAAAGGCAAACUUACCCUCUAGACUGCUCCCUCCCCCACAAUUUGUCCAUAGUAUGUGAGAAAGGCCACUAGAGUCUUGCAAUAGUGUGACCUCGGGCAAACCCUGUUUUGCCUUUUGGCUCCAGUUUCCUGCUCUCUGAAACAGACCAAAUUUAGAGGAUUUUUUUUUUAGGGUUAACUUAAACAGAAAAGCCUUGGGGUUAGAGCAGAGAAAACCAAACAGUCAUAUAUCAACUAUAACAAUCUCCCCCUCAAUCUUGCCACACUUUUUUGGGGGGGAGGGGGAAAUGAUUCUAUAGGACUCCUGAAUGUCUGGGCUCCCAAUAAUUCCUGUCUUCGAAGCAAAACAGCCUUUAGUGUUUAAGUCCAUGAUUGCCACUCAAACCUUACAACUUCUCAUCUUCUAUCCUUUACUAAAUGUAAAAGCAGUCUCAUAAGUUUAUGCUUCCCAAACCUGUGUAAGGAAGAGCCUAACCAAUGAGCCACCCUAGGUCCCUACCUGUGAGGGGUUGUCCGAUGUUGGCUACAAGCCACAUGGUGAAGUGGGGUAGGGACAAGAUAUUAGGAAGUAACCGGACCGAAGCAGGGGGCUGUGCCACGCAGGAGUUAGACGGCAGGGAGCAAUCUUCCUUUGUUACGUCCUCUCCUUUGGUGCAGCGCUAACCCCAGAAGUCUCCUUCCGGUAUCUGGACCUAUGCCCAAUCACUGAAGGCAGGCUGAGGAGGAGGAGGAGUUAGUAAAGUUUAUAAGGGGCAGUAGGAGCCGGGGCUCUCUCUUGCUCUCCUGCUUGGUUUGCUGUGAUGGUCUCUGAAUAAAGUCUGAGUGCUUGCACCUCC